AUGGGGCUAUGGUUUGGAUUCGUGCUGGAAGCAGUGUUGAUAACGCAGGGGCGUUUCAGUUCCGUCUGCCCCGGCAGCAUCGUUCAGCACCGCCCGGGCCUGAGCUUUACGCAGACGGAGCUCACCCCGAGCUUUACACAGACGGAGCUCCGGCAGCUCCUGCUGACUCCCAGCGAAGCUACCUGGACUCGUCCCCUCUUGAAAAUCAGGCCUAUUGUAUAUGAACAAUCAAGAGCAUUCAGGCUGAACAACCGUUCAAAAAGCACACCUCAGGGGGGGGGGGGGGGGGGGGGGGGGGAAGGGGGCAGAGGGCCGCAGCGCUGGCACCGCGGCUUCCAGUGCCCUGAACGCUACGACGGCCCGGAGGCCACGCUGUGCUGCGGGACCUGCCGCCUGCGCUACUGCUGCUCCGCCAGGGAGGCUCGCCUGGACCAGGGCGAGUGCCCUGCUGACCACCAGCAGCCCAGCCCCAGGCCUCCAGUGCCAGUGCCCGUGUACCUGCCGUUCCUUCUGGUUGGAUCUGUGUUUGUGGCAUUUGUUGUUGUUGGCGCCUGCGUUGGAAUCUGCUGCUGCAAAUGCUUAAAAUCCCAGGAAGAGGGACAGCAAAGUGGACUCGCACCUGGCCAGGCUUGGCUGCUAGAACCCGACCUUCCUUCUCGCCUCUCCAGUUCUAGUUCUGCCACCAGAAGCGCGCUGAGCAGCGCUCCCCAGAGCACCAACAUCGGCAUGGCUCUGGCUCCAGCCCUUCCUAUUGUCGGGUUGGCUGAAGAUGCUCGGUUCCCAAGUCCUCCACCGAGCAGUGGGCAACUCCUGCACCCUCCGCACGCUCCCCACAGCAUACCAACUGAUCGCACCGCAGUAAUGGCUCCAGCGCCUUCCCUUAAAAGAACAGUUUACGGACACAGUGGGGGAGCGGAGGAGCCCGGACACGGACCCGCAUCCCUCCUGUGUGGCAAGUUACCUGCCUUGGGAGGGGAGUUCUCGGUGACAGCCGGGCAAGUGAAGGUGCUGGGGGGGCUCGUCCGUGGGGGCGAGCCUCGGAGGCUGCAGGGAGGCCCGGUGUGGGUGCUGGCAGUGUGGAGUCCUGAUCUUAAUAACCAAUCUCCGGCCUGA